CGAAAAGGACUCAAGCUUUGCGUGUCUUGAUAUGAUACAGUUAUGAACCUGCAGUCUAAAGACACUGAUGUGACUGAUACAGUCGAGAGGCUAAAGAAGAAAUAUUUGACGAGGAGGAAACAGUUGCCACCGUCAGAAGACAUUACCCCAGCAAACACUGAUGAUGCUGUACAAAGGCUCGUUUUGACCAACAGAUCGCAACAGCCAAGCAAAGAGCUGAAAUGCUACAGCAAAGCUUUACAUGAGCUCUUCAAAGCAGUUACCAGCCAUCCUGAUCAGUUUGGCAGUGAUCGUUGUCUGCAUGGCAGCAAUGAAGACCUGAGUGGGGAUUCUACAGCUGCCCCUCUUCAGGACUCUCAGGUGCUGUUUACAGAAACAGAUGUCACCUUGCCCUCUUAUCUGGAUGGCAGCCCUGGGUCCCCGGAAUCUGAGACUGAGGAGAGGUUGCAGAGAGCUUGCCAUCUCCCUGACGCCUGCCGUUCCUCUUCUUUAGUGCUAGCAAAGGUGUACCAGGAGAUGAUGACCAUCUAUAAACAACUGAAGGCAGAGCGACAAGGCCAGCAGCAGUGGGAGAAGGAGCUGCAGCAGUGGGAGAAGGAGCUGCAGGAACGAGAGAGGAGGCUGAAGCAACAGGAGGAGGCUUUCGGGAGGCUGGCCGGACUGGAGGAAAUGAUACACACUCACAUGCUAGCUGUAGAGGAGAAACACCAGCAAGAGGUGAGCCAGCUGCAGGAUAUUCUCCUCGAGAGGAGCAAGGAGAACAGGAGGCUCAAGUCCAGCUUCGACACAAUUAAGGAGCUAAAUGAAAACAUGAAGAAACAGUUGAAUGAGGCCAGUGAACAGAAUAAGAAGUUGGAGAGCCAGUCCAGGAGGGUGCAGGCUCGACUUGAGAACCUACAGAGGAAGUAUGAGCACAGCAUGGCAUCAAGAGGCUGUCAAAAAAUGAGUGUUAAGAGUGCCGAGUGUAUUAAAACAUCCAAAAAGGAGAAAACUGCUGCCCCUGGAAAACCUAGCAACAAGGGCAGCUCCAGUCCCACUCCUCUAAAGCUCCUGGCCCUUCUCCUGGACUGGACACUUGAUGGGCAGACAUUCUCAUCAGCAUCAGAAAACAAAGGGAAAGGUGUCGGCCAGUUUUUGCCUCCAGAGAUCGUACUCAACGAGAGGUGCCUUAAGGUGUUGCCGUUAUUGGCAGAUCAGCUUCAUCACACUCCUUUGUCAGAACCUGACCUGCUCCUCAACCUUCUUCGCCUCAUCCACUGGGCUUUGAGACUCAUGGACAGCAGUGCGCAGCACGUAGCACUAUCUGCCACUCUGCGGCGGAUAGGAGAGGAAGUUUCAAAGCCCCCAGCCCAGUUAACGGUGCCUCAGUCUGAAGAUCCAGACCUGCCCAAGUCCUGCAGUGGAGCUGCAGGUGGUGCCUGCAGGAGCUGGCCCCUUUAUCGCAGCCCCUGUCCUCACACACGCAUCCUCUCCACCCUCAUCAUCCUCCGCACUGUCACACAAGCUGAUGUGCUGGCCCAGGCUGUGGACAGUCUCCGCACCGAGCUGAUGUCAGAGGACAGCCGAGGCCUGUUCAUCCACUAUAAAGGCGUGUGUGUGCUGCUGUCGAUGAUGCGUGCUGGCCGAGGGGGUCUGCACACACCUGUUGACAUCCUGAUGCAGCUAACUGAACAAUCUCGCUACCUUAAUCCCUUCCUGGAUGAAUGUAGCUGUGAGGAGUUUUUCCGAACAGCCUCCCAGCUCCUUAAAAACCCUCGUCUGGAGCUCCCGUCGCUGGAGAAGCUCUCCAUCCUCCUGCAGAAGCUCUCAAGUAUCAGGAGGAAUCGUCGCCUGUUUGAACUAUCCUCCCUCCACCUCCAGAUACAAGAACUCAAUCACAAAACCAGCCACACACACACCUUCCUCUGCCUCAACCUCAGGUCCAUCCUGCACAACCUUAAAUAACAAACACUCGCAUGUGUUUCUCUGCGUCAUGCUGGAUUCAUGGUCUCUUUAAAAAAAAUCAGACAGUCAGUAUGAAGAUUGCCUUUGAUUUCAGUAGUUGAGCGUGUUGCUUCGUCUUUCAUAUGUGCUCAGAGUGUUAUUCCCAACUGCGUAGUACUUCAAGGCUUCAUUCUACCUCAAAUAACAUUCAGACAUACAUUCUUUAUUUAUGUAAUGUUGUAUGUUGUUUCUUAGAGGUACUUCUUUAGUCUUGUGUAUGUUUUGCACUUUGUGACCCAUCUGUUUUUGUGUUCCACAAUGUUAAUAUGAUGUCUUGGCUUCUUUCUGUGAUGAACCCCCCCCCCCCUCUCACACACACACACACACACUUUUGUUUUUUCAAAUGAGUGUCAUGCUUGCCAAGUGGCCUUAAUGUGUGUCUGAUGUGCUCAGAGGAAGAGAGGCUGUGACUGUGAAGCUUUUUAAUGACAAUAAACAAAAAGAA